AUGGAAGAAAUAAAUAAAACUGCAAAGAUACAAUUCUUCUUUCGUCCAUUCUCAGCUGACCCUAAGGUACAAGUAGGCAUUUUUGUGGCCUUCCUGACGAUGUACCUGAUCAGCCUCAGCGGAAACACCACAAUUGCAGUCAUUGUCCAGAUCAACCACUCCCUCCACAUCCCCAUGUACUUUUUCCUGGCGAACCUGGCAGUUCUGGAAAUCUUCUAUACAUCUUCCAUUGCCCCACUGGCCUUGGCGAACCUUCUUUCAAUGGGCAGGACUCCUGUUUCCAUCCCUGGCUGUGGGACCCAAAUGUUUUUCUUUGUCUUCCUGGGUGGAGCUGAUUGUGUCCUGCUUGCGGUCAUGGCUUAUGACCGGUUUGUAGCCAUCUGUUACCCUCUACGAUACACCCACGUCAUGAGCUGGCCCUUGUGUGUGGAGCUGGUGGUAGGGUCCCUGGUGCUGGGGUUCCUGCUGUCCCUGCCACUGACUAUUUUGAUCUUCCGUCUCCCAUUCUGCAACAACAAUGAGAUCUACCACUUCUACUGUGACAUGCCUGCUGUCAUGCGCCUGGCCUGUGCGGACACACACAUUCACAAGACUGCCCUGUACAUCGUCAGCUUCAUCGUCCUAAGCGUCCCGCUCUCAUUAAUCUCCAUCUCCUACGUCUUCAUCGUGGCAGCCAUUUUACGGAUCCGGUCAACAGAAGGGCGCCACCGAGCCUUCUCCACCUGCUCCUCGCACAUCUUAGUGGUCCUCCUGCAGUAUGGCUGCACCAGCUUUAUAUACUUGUCUCCCAGUUCCAGCUACUCUCCUGAGAUGGGCCGGGUGGUGUCCGUGGUCUACACCUUCAUCACUCCCAUUUUAAACCCUUUGAUCUACAGUAUGCGGAACAAGGAACUGAAAGAUGCCCUACAGAAGGCGCUGAGGAAGUUCUAGGUAGGAUGAUCCCAUGACUUGUCAAAAUUAGACACUUGAGGGCAAGACGGGAUGCUAUUAAUAAUUACGCUGUGACAGCAUGCAUGAGCCAAGAAUGUCCUUGCAAACUGAGAUAUGGCCCACUAUUCUAGGAUCACCAGAGGAAAAGAAUACUACUGUGUAAUUGAAAUGAAGCUGUGUCAUGGAGGGCAGCAUGUCCUGGGCAUUGAUGGAGGAACAUCAACAUUUAUUGGACUUUAUAUACUGGGCACUUUACAUGGGUUAUCUCACUUAGCCCAUAGUAAGUACCACUGUCCUUUUUUUAGAAAAGGAAACCAAAAUGGCUAACAAAAGACAUACCCAGGAUGAGAACACAGGUAUUUAAAAAAUCUAAAGACAGGCCGCCUGGCUGAGUGGCUCAGUUGGUUGAGCCUCUGACUCUCAACUUCAGCUCAGGUCAUG